UAGAAAAUAUUAGUUACUAUGACGUUCUAAAAUUUCAUCUGCUAUGGUUAUGCAGUAUUAGCGCUAUAUAGGUAACUAAUCGUGCCGCGAAGAAUAGAAGAAGAGAAUUAGAUAAGUGCGGAGGUUACUCCGAUUUUGACAGAUUUUGAACAUGCUAAUUCAAAUUAUAAUUUUUAUUGUCAUUGUAUACAUUAUAUUUUUUCUUAUAUUAUAUUUCAUUUCUUAUCAAUUUAUAUUCUUAUAAUACGCAACGUAGAAAUUAUUCUAUAGCAAUAUGAAGUUACACCCAGAUGUAUAUGAUAAAUUAUAUUUAUAUAUUACACCUGAAAAAUUUUAUGUAGAACCUAUUGGAACUAAAGUGCUACUUGUAGUUGAUAGAGUGAGUCAGCAAAUUUAUACACAAGCUGGUACAGCUAGUCAAAUUCCCUCAACUGCAAGCCGUAGAAAAAUAUGGGGUAUUGUAGGAACUAUAAGGCUGUUAGCAUGCAGAUAUCUUAUAGUGAUAACAGAUGCUAUAGAUGUUGGAACUAUAGCGGGUCAUCAAAUUUUUAAAUUAGUUUCAACAGAAAUUAUACCAUAUACCAAAUCUUCAUUACAUCUUAGUGAAAAACAAGUGCAAAAUAAUUCAAUAUAUGUAGAAAUGAUCAAAUCUAUAUUAAAUACACCUUAUUUUUAUUUUAGUUACACAUAUGAUCUUAGCCAUACAAUGCAAAAACUUCAUAAUACCAAUCCUGAAUUUUUACAGAUGCCACUUCAUGACAGGGCAGAUUCUAGAUUUGUUUGGAAUGCUUAUCUUCUACAAGAUUUAACAUCAAGACCUGAACAGUAUAAAUUUUGUCUACCUAUCAUUCAUGGAUUUGUUUCAUUAAAUAUUAUUACUGUAACUGGUAGCACAUCAUUCAAUUUGGGUAUAGUAUCUAGACGUAGUGUGCAUCGUGCAGGAACAAGAUUGUUUUCACGUGGUAUAGAUUCUACUGGUAAUGUUUCUAAUUAUGUAGAAACAGAACAAUUAGUUGAAUUCAAUGGACAUCGUAUGUCUUUUGUACAAACAAGGGGUUCUAUUCCUUUAUUCUGGUAUCAGGCACCAAAUCUAAAAUAUAAACCUAAACCUCAAUUGGGUACUCAUGAAGAUCAUCAAACUGCCUGUGCACGACAUUUUGAAACCCAAAUAUUUCAUUAUGGAAAGCAAAUUUUAAUCAAUUUAAUUGAUCAUAUGGGUUCAGAAGGUAUGCUUGAAAAAGCAUAUCAUAAUGUAGUACAACGAAUUAAUAAUGAGAAUGUUCGAUAUGAAAGUUUUGAUUUUCAUGCUGAAUGUAGAAGAUUAAGAUGGGAUCGAUUGAACAUGCUACUUGAUCGAUUAACUCAUGAAUUAGAACAAAUGGGUUAUUUCUUAUUAUUAGAAGAUGGAACACUAUUAUCGGCACAAGAUGGUGUUUUUCGUACCAACUGUAUCGAUUGUUUAGAUAGAACUAAUGUUGUUCAAAGUAUGAUUGCAAAGAGAGUUCUAAAUGAUGUGUUAUCAAGGUUACAAAUUCUUAGAAAGAUCGAAGAUCAUCCUAGUGUUGAGGAACUUUUUAAACGGAUUUGGGCUGACAAUGCAGAUAUAAUAAGUAUUCAGUAUUCUGGUACUGGUGCAUUAAAAACAGAUUUUACUCGAACUGGAAAGCGUACUAAAUUGGGUGCAAUGAAAGAUGGUUUGAAUUCUUUAACAAGAUAUUAUAAAAAUAAUUUCACCGAUGGUUAUAGACAAGAUUCAUUGGACUUGUUUUUGGGUCGCUAUAUUGUACAAGAUGGCGAAUGCACGCUAAUUCAAUGUCCUUUGGAAUCGGAAAGAAAUUGGCGUUACGCUACAUUCCCUUUAGUACUUCUUGUUGCAUCAUCCAUGCUAGUUGCUCAUAUAAUCUUACCUUCAAGAUAUACUACUGAAAUUUUAUUGUAUAUACUAUUUUGGGGUGCUAUGGUAGCUGGUACAUUUGCAACUAUAAUUCAUCAUGGCAAGCAAUAUGUAGAUAAACCUAAAUUGCUUUAAAAAAUUUUCAAAUUCAGAAUAUAGAAUAUAUUGUAUAACAUUUCUAAAUUGUGAAAUGUUAAAGAUUAUUUAUUAUUUUUCACCAUCUAAUAAUAAUUUUCAAAUAUAUUUUUCUGUUAAGAUUUAUUUGAAAGAACCAUUAGAUACUCUAAUAUUUAAAUUUAUAAAAUCUACAUUUUUUUUUUUCUUUACAUUUAUAUUAUUGUAUAUGUAUGUUAUAAAAAUUUUAUAUCUAAUAUGUAUCAUUGAUGAAUUAGAUACAGUAAAAAUGAACAAAUGUGUUCUUGUCGAUGAAUGUAUAUAGAUUGACAAUGUAAUUAAUAUUUUUAAUCGAGAUAUUAUUAAUAUCAAUGCAUUUUUAAAUAGAAUAAGAUAUAGCUUUUAAAGAAACAUACUUGUUCCUUUUUCAGUUAAUUUGACACAUUUUAAAAAAAUAUUGUAAAAUAUUGUAAAAAAUUUUCAAUUUUGAGCAACAUUUGCUCGUAUAUAAAAUCAAUUUAUAUUCUA